AUGGAAUCCCAAGACUUGUCGAAGAAAGCUUUGCGUGCCCAUGAAUUCUCCGCGGCCGGCGAUGCUCUUACGAAGGGCAACCUGCAGACUAUCCCGCAGGCCAAAAAUUAUAGCAUUUGUCGGUUCAUCGGGACAUCAAGUUACGGACAGCCGUAUUACGCUACAGCACAAAUGGCGAACAGAGUGGACCAUAACAACCAAAUUGAGAUCAUGAAGCAAGUUGUUGGGAGGGUCUACGGAGACAGGAGUUUGCCAGGCCAGCAGAAGGAUUUGAGGUAG